CGAUCCUUCGCACAGCUUUACGAAAGACAUCCACGUCCAGGAACUUUACCUCGCAAGAAAGGGUCUACCUGGUGUUCCUGAUAUGUCCAGAUUGACCCAGCUGAGACGCAUAUGGCUUAACAAUAACGUUCUGACUUUCCAGAUCAAGGCUGUGCAUGGCCAUAUGUUUAACUGCUGCUUGGCAGAACUGUACCUCCAGAACAACGAGAUCACCUCAAUCUCAGGGGCUUUAUGGCAUCUGACCUGCCUUCGAGUCCUGAUGCUUCACAAUAACCAGAUGAAGGACCUUGAGGAGACAGUGUCCGAGCUGAAGAACAUGCAAUGCCUCCAAACCAUCAAUUUAUUCCUGAAUCCCUUUGCACAAGAUCCAGAAUACCGGAAGCACGUGAUCCAUCACGUGCCGUCUGUGCAGUUAUUAGACAGGCAAGAGGUGAGGCAGGAGGAGAGGAGACAUGCCUUCCACAUCUUCUGUCCUGAGAGACAGCAAAUACUCAACACGCUCGCCUUCAACACACGAGCACCGCUGCCCCUUGUAGGAAGGAAAGUGGCUCACGGUGCAUCAACACCAAGAGGUACCAUACUAAAAUAUUCAAAGUAUUUAUAAUCGCCGGUAAAUUAGUACAAUCACAGCUGUGACAUUCCUAUAACAGGGGUGCUAAGUCUAUGUCCAGGAACUCAUAUUUGGGACUAAAUGUAUGUUUUGGAUAAAAGAUUACAUAAAAAAAAUAACUACACAUCUUAGCAAUCAUCAGAAAAAGAGUCCACAUUUUAUGUAAAGCACAUUGUACAGGGCACAUUAACCUGUGGUCAGAUGAAAGCAAGUCAUACACAAGCCUACACUUUCACUGUGCUGUACAACUGCCAGCACCGCUGGGACAUUGCAAGAGUUGGUCCAUUUUUUAAUUUCAUUUUAAUUUCUUUUUAAAUAAAGUGUCUCCUAAGUCAAAGUAUCCCUGUUUUACUUAAUUAAUAAAACUUUCUUCCUCUUGUAGUGGUAUAAUAGGUUUUUUUUGUUUUUUGUAAACUUUUAUGGCUAGGGGACCUAUGAGCGCAUGUCCAUACAGAGAUGAGUCAUGCAAUUCUCUACUGUGGACCAGCAGCACCCCCUAGAGGCAUGGAGUUCAACUGCAGUCAACUUCCUUACUGUCACCUUACUGAUCCACCCCCCACCCCCCAAACUGGUUUCACUUUGCCUACAUAUCACUCUGUAAUAAACAUCAGAAGGCUACCGUGUUUAUUCUUCAUGAUUUGCUACUUUCCUUCCCCAUUUUCUCUAUCUUGUAGCAAAAUACAUCUAAAGAAAAAGUGAGCAGUGUUAAGUCUAAACACUCAUGGCAAGCAAGCAUUCUCACACCACUGUGAAUUUUAAAUAGUCCAAGACUACUUCAGAACCUUUGUACAAACUCCACUGUGCUGUGAAUUUAUGCAGUUAUUAGUAUCACUUCCUGCUGUCUUCCUUAGAACAUCACUACUUUAUUUAUGACAGCACUUUAAGGCAUAGGCGUCUAUCUUUAUGCAGUUUAACAGAAACAUAUAAACAUAUAAACCUCUCAUAAAUAUACUCCCAAGUCAAUAUGUUUUCAUACACGCAAAUCACACGGAUGAUGUUACUAUGAGAAGACCAAAACAACACAGUACAACGUGGUACAUGAGGACAAACUCUCCAUUAUGUAUGUUUGUAAA